CUAUCUUCAAGAUCGUCGCACUAGUUGUCGAAGCUCUCCCUACACAACCAAAUACCCCUCCAAAGAGAUACUCUCGCUCCCCCGCAAAGAAACCUCUCGGCUACGAGAAAUGGCACCUCCUAAGGGGGGCUAUGCGCCCGACUUAGACAAGUUUCUCGACACAUUAAAGAGUCGACCGGUAGAUGCUUCAGUGGAAUUUCUUAUAUCCCUCUUGAAGCGACGACAAAUCCGAGGCUCUGAAUCUUGCGCGAUAGCUACAGCACAUAUCCUACUUCAAGUUGCCGCCAAGGACAAAUGGUCCGACGUAGAUCAAUUAAUUGGGCGCGUACAGUUAGUCGGCAGGAAACUUGUAGCAGCGCAGCCUUAUGAGCUGGUUAUCGGCAACAUCGUGAAGCGAGUUCUGGGAUUAAUACGAGAUGAAGCCUCAGAAGAUAGAAACGACACGGGCAGCGAUUCGCCUACCGACAGAACUCCUACUUUGCCUCCCGCCAUAACGCCUAUUCCCCUCUCGAAACAAACUCGCCUUCCCUCGUUGCUUGCCCUCGGGUCCUUUGCCCGCACUCAAUCCAUGUUCAAUCUUCUCUCGGAUCCAGAUUUCGUCCCCUCGCCAGGCUCCACGCCCAAGCUAGGGUCGGGUGCCUCAACACCACAGGGAUAUCCCCAAUCUACAAAUAUACAGGCACUCAGGUCAGAAGUGAUUGACGGGAUCGAAGAAAUUAUGGAUGAGAUCAGGCAAGUUGACGAACAGGUCCAAGCCUACGCCGAGAUUGUCAUCCACCCAGGAGAUUAUGUUUUAGUUCACCAACCCUCAAGAACGGUUCAGAAGUUUCUCUCGCGGGCUGCCUCGAAGAGGAAGUUUACCGUGUUUCUAGUUGUCGAUCCUUCCGCAGCCUCCACCGAAGAUGAUCCGUACAGCUCCCUACGGAAAACUUUGUCAUCCUCUGGAUCGACCGUAGUAAACAUUAUGAACGUUGGCCUCAUGGCUUAUAUGUCAAAGGUCAACAAGGUCAUCCUCGGAGCUCGAGCAAUCACAAAGAAAGGUGGAGUUAUUGUUGACUCCGGUGCUGCGGUUAUCGCUCGAGCUGCUCGAGAGCAAGGCCGGACAGUUAUCGUGUUAGCUGGUGUGUAUAAGCUCAGUCCUGAUAGUCGGUUUCACGACGAAGGCCUCGUGGAAUGGGGUGACCCCUCCAAGUACGUCAAUUUUGCAGACGGAGAAAUGGUGGGGCAGGUAAGAGUUAAAAAUGCCAUCGCUGAAUUUAUUCCUACCGACCUUGUUAAUACCUAUAUUACGAACUUGGGCGCACACUCUAGAGACCACCUGCAUGGUCUUAUAGCUGAUCAUUAUAAGGAGGAGGAUAUUAACUUUGAUCUCUUUGGUAAAAUCCAGAGAUGAUUUACUAGAUAGCACAGCGUCAUGUGUACCAUCAUGUCUAAUUGCGACGCUCUAUGGUAGUCAUGUAGGCAAUGUGAAGGUGGAUAUUUUCUCGUAGUAGGAGAUAUUCCUCCGAGUAGGACCGGCAACUACCUAGGUACCUAGGUUAGGUACAUUCCAGCGAUACAAAGCUCGUUCGAAUACCCCGGUACCUAGUUUUGACUCAUAUUUGAGGCAGCCUUGCGUAGGCAAGGGUGUUGUAAUCGUGGUGGCCGCGUCACCUACUACAAUAGCAGGUGGCUUCGCAUGCAAGUGCGGGGGUUAUUUUCGAACAAACCGCUGACAGAGUACUAUUAGUAGGUCAAUAGAACGUGGGGUG